AUGAGCUCUCAGAUCCGUCAAAAUUAUUCCGCCGAAGCAGAAGCUGGCGUCAACCGUCUGGUCAACCUGCACCUGCAGGCCUCUUACAUCUGCCUCUCUCUGGGUUUUUAUUUUGACCUCGAUGAUGUGGCCUUGGAAGGUAUGGGACACUUCUUCCGCGAGUUGGCUAAUGAGAAGCACGAGGGUGCCAAGCAGCUCUUGAAGCUGCAAAACCAGCGUGGUGGGCGAGUCCUCUUCCAAGAUAUCCAGAAGCCAUUCCAGGAUGAGUGGGGUCAAACCCUGGACACUAUGCAAGCAGCGCUGGCCUUGGAGAAGAACCUAAACCAAGCCCUUCUGGAUCUACACGCCGUGGGUUCCGCCCACACUGACCCCCAUCUCUGUGACUUUCUGGAGAACCACUUCCUGGAUGAGGAAGUGAAACUUCUGAAGAAGAUGGGUGACCAUCUGACUAACAUUAGAAGACUGGGCGGCCCCCAGGCUGGGCUGGGCGAGUAUCUCUUUGAGCGUCUCACCCUCAAGCACCACCAAGGGUUUGCGGGGACUUGCAGGGGAAAACCUCUGUCUCUAUCCCACCCUGAUGUGGAAUCUUAUCCACCCAGAAGCCCUUCGCCCAAGCUUUGGACCAAAUGA